UUGACUUUUUAUGUCUGUACAUUGAUGAUUUGGUUUCUUAGCAAGAGAGUAAUAUUAUUACCUCCAAAAUUUGGAGAUCUGAAGUUUGGGGUCUAUUUAAAAUCUGGUGGAUUUCUGAUUGGAAGAACUGUGGCUGUUUUGAUAACUAUGACGAUUGGGACCUCGAUGGCUGCUCGUCAAGGUCCUCUAGCUAUGGCUGCUCAUCAAAUCUGUAUGCAAGUGUGGUUGGCUGUCUCUCUUUUAACUGAUGGAUUGGCCGCAUCUGGUCAGGUCUACACUCCGAGGAAUGCGCCUACUAGUGAGGAAAUUGAUGUGGUUCGUGAGCAACGGGCUAAGUGUUUUACCCGCAAGUAUUUACUAUUGGCUUGAGCGCGCUUGAUCGAGGUGGUUUAGUUGUUAUAGAACAAUCGUUUCCAUUAAAAUGUAUGCGUACAUUGAAAUUGGAACGUAUAUUUGAAUGUAGUACGUGCACUUUG